UUCUUUCUCACUCACUAUAGAUCCAAUGAACGAAACAAAUCUAAGCUUAUCAACCAGUCAAAAGCUGCAACCCUUUCUCUUACUAUCGAAAUCAGCUAGAGGUGUUGCCAACACCAAACUGAUUAUGGAUGCAUUAAGUGCUCCAGGUGUUUAUGUGUUUACCGAACUGUAUGAAUUACCUAAUGUAGUUGAGGCUUCAAACUUACCAGAAGUGGCACCUUAUUAUACUUUACUCAGUAUAUUCAUGUAUGGUACAUUUAAAGAUUAUGAAGAAAGCCAAACACAACUACCUGCUUUGAAUGAAGCACAAACUAGAAAACUAAAACAACUGUCUAUUGCCACACUUUCUGAGUCACAACAAACAUUGCCUUAUGAUAUAUUACAAACUUAUCUGAAUAUACCCACUGUCAGAGAAUUAGAAGAUUUGAUUAUUGAUGGUUUCUAUCAAGGUAUAUUCACAGGCAAGCUUGAUCAACGACAUGGUCAAUUACAAGUCAUGUAUAGUAUGGGCCGUGAUUUGAGACCACAGCAGCUAAAAGAGACCAUAAAUGCACUUGCUGCUUGGUCUGUUAGUACAAGUCGCAUCUUGGGUGCUUUGGAUGCCAAAAUUGCCAGCUUACAAGACAAUGUGCGUGAAAAUGAACAAGCUCAAGAAGACUAUCUUAACAGAGUAGAACAAUUAAGACGCGAUGUACGUGCCAAUACCAAUCUAAAGAAAUUGGACACAAUGGAUGAAUCCAUGAUAAAGAAACAAAAGGGAUUCUCAGGUGAAUAUGACUAUACAAAUGAACGCGUCAAGAAAAGUAGAGGCUCAAAACGAUUUAUGAUCGGAAGACCUUAAUGAUAAUAAUAACAAUAAAAGCA